UAAAUUGGGUGUCUCUUACGAUGUAUACAAAUAUCAGCUACAGAGAUUUACGGUAUUUUGUGCCAACAAUCACACCGUUAUAAUAGAUGACGAUGACCGAAACUAAGUAUGGUUAAAAAUGGUUCAGAAAAAAAAUAAUUUUUUUUUUUAUCUUUGUAGCACGCGACCAAUCAUGGGAAAGAAAACAACUGCAUGUUCACGUCACAGAUUACAUUCAGAUUAUCGUCCAGGGGCUUGACAGGACAGUGAAAGAAGUGACUGUGAAUGGAUGGGACUGCAGUUCGGAUGUUGAUGCCAGCUGUGAGGAGACUCCACCACCACAGACCUACUCUCAUCACUGUUUGAACUCCAAAUCAAGUUUCCUCUUGUUCUUGAGCAUCUGAAUGAUGGCUACAAUGUCUAGGACUGACUCGGAUAGUGACUUUAUGUGCAGCUGCUGCUAUGAGCUGAUGGUGGAUCCUACGACACUAGUGUGCGGCCACAACUUCUGCCGGGUGUGCCUGGCACGCUGGUUCCUCACAUCCAACAAGAAAGAGUGCCCUACGUGUCGCCAGGAGUGGCAGGGACACCCCAAGAUUAACACAGCACUCAGAAAUAUGAUGAAGAAGAUGUACAAAGACAGAAUGAUGGAAAGAGAAGAGGAAGUAUUGAAUUUAGAGAAUGUAGGCAAGGUGCAGGAAUUUGACCGGCGUCUUUCCGGCACAGGGUGCCACCUACAGAGAGUAAACCCGGGGGAGUUCUGUAAGGGGAUCGUCAUGACCCUAGGGGUUAUUCUGAUAGCAUACUUGGUUUGGUUUUGGAGGCACAGUGACGACGAUCUCCUGAUACACAAGCCUGUUGUGAGGUGGAAGCCGGACGACGUGGCAGCAUGGCUGACACACAUGGGCUGGGCAGAGGGCUAUGCUGAUGCCGUCCACCAGAAGGGCAUUGAUGGUGCAGUGCUGCUCUCCCUGGACGAGGAGAAUAUUGGUGAGGUCCUGAAUGUGACGAAUCACCUCCAUGAGAGGGCACUGGUCAUUGCUAUAGCGGAUGUACGCCUGAAAGGGGUCAAGAUGCCUUCGACACUCUGGGAAUAUAAGGCGCUGUACCCCGGUCGCUGUCUGUUCCUGCUGUAUGGCAUGAAGGACUUCCCUCGUACAACACUGCUGUAUCUGUUCCUGUUCUACCAUGAGGAAAUCUUCCUGCCCUUCCUCCAUCUCACAACACCAGCACAGGACGAAGACAUCCCCUUCCGGUGGUCUCAGAUUCCUCCCCCAACUAAGCAGCAGUGGGUGGUAUUUCUGAGCAAUGCAGUUCUCCUCCCCUACUGGCUAAUUGCCAAGCUGACGUGGGCCCUGUUCAGUGGGCAGUUCUGGACCUCUUUUUUUGUCCUCUUCAGCUGUGCCUUCCUCUCCAUGCAAGAGGCUUCCUUACUUAAACAGUGGAUCCUGCUGCGGCAGUUCGGCUCCACAUUGAAGAACGUAAAGGACUUUGGCAAGACGCUAUUGACUGUGUUUCUGACGUCUAUUGUAUGGCCCAUUAUUCCCAGGCUGGUGUGUGACUUCUUCUUCUACGCUUCACUCUACUUCACCCCAUUACAGCAGGCUAAACACUUCUACAUGUCCUGGAGGAACAACCAACGCUUCUUGUAACACAGCAGUAUUUCCAGGCAGUGUUCAGUUACAUCACCAACUAGGACAGAGAUCUGAGGGAGUCAACAGGUCAUUUACAGGGAUAGUUUUCUUGGUUCAUACUUGACCUGAUUGACCACAGUAUUUAUCAGCCCAGAAAAAAACCCAAACCCAAACCCAUGUGAACUAUUGUUGAUUCACUGGUUAAUAUGUAUGUUUCUGAAGGUGUUAUUGGAUAGAUCCAUGUAUCCAGUGUUACCGGUAGGUGUAUGAGCAAUCCUGGGAUUCAACACUUGAGCUGUGAUGUCAUGAUGUACCGGGUUUGUCAAGAAAGGACAUCCCACAUUAAACAAUACAUGUUGAAACUGCAGGUGUUGUUUUCAGUCAAACAUUUGUCAAUAAAGUCUUUACCUUUAGUAAGGCUGACCUGGGGAGUCAGGGUUCAUAGUGUUCGACUACCCCCACCCCUUUUGAAAAUACUGUCCAGAUAGUUUGAUAGUCUUAGUGUGUCGGCGACAAGGACAGUAGAACGGCAAGUGUCAAGGUGCUACAUGAUUUAGUUGCUGUUGAAGAAAGGUUUGAGUCUUUCACCACUUACAGCAAUAGUACAGGCAUAUCAUGGCAGGGACCACCAAUAGCUGGUUUCAUACAUUGUAUUCCAACUUAAGAUUCCGGGUGUAUGGGGCCAACUUUAUAACCUCUAGGCUACUGAACCAUUCCAAGAAACAUGUGUAUAUCACUUCUUGUAAGAAGUCUGUACAAAAUGUUUUGUGUGUGAGUGUAGUGUGUUAAAAUGAAGAUGUUUUUAAAUACCAGACUGUAUGUCCAUUGUACAGUGUUGUCAUCUGUGGGAAGUCUGCUGCUGACAGACACAUGGUCAGGGUAUCCACUCACUGACUUCAUAUACAGGAGAGCUAGAUUCAUUACCAGGAGGACAUAACAUGUUGCCCUUGCUUCAUUUGACAUGUGUUGUGGGUGAGUUCUCCCGGAAUGCACUUACCCAUGUUCAGGACAGGUCUCUGUGUUUUCACAUUACUCAGGCUAACCUUUCCUGAUUUGGCAAAAGUAACAAAAUAAUAAUAAUCAAUGCGAUUUGAUUCAAAAUGUGUUAACAGAACGGUUGUUUCACUUUUUGCUAAUAUUUAUUUUCAAGAGGUGUUUUUAAGGACCUUAACCUUCAAUAAAUGUUAUAAAAGUAAUGUUAUAUAUGUGUGUACUGUGUCAAAUGUUAUGUGUAUUCAGUGUCAAAUGUUAUAUUUGUGUUUGUAUACAGUGUUAACUGUUAUAUGUGUGUGUACAGUGAUGGAUGUUAUAUCUGUGUAUUAAUGUUUUUUCCAUGUUGCAUGCUUUAUCCAUGGACUUUUUUGUAUCUGCCAAUUCAUCAUAUCAAGUUUGUUGUAUAUAUUUUUGUCAAAUGUUGAAAUAAAGUGUCAAUAAAACAGCCCACGACACUGAUUUGAAAAUGUAGUCAUUUCCAUUUUUGUGAAUUAUGAAAGAUAUGUAAUUGUGAUGAUGUUUUGUUACCAUCCCAUUUGAUAAUUGAGAUCCCCUGUAGAACUGUUUCCUCACUUUUUUAGCUGGGCAUCAAUGCCUGUUGUGUAUAGAGGCCCCUGUAGAAAUGUUUCCUCACUUUGUAGCUGGGCAUCAAUGCCUGUCGUGUAUAGAGAUCCCCUGUAGAACUGUUUCCUCACUUUUUUAGCUGGGAAUCAAUGCCUGUUGUGUAUAGAGGCCCCUGUAGAAAUGUUUCCUCACUUUGUAGGUGGGCAUCAAUGCCUGUUAUGUAUAGAGAUCCCCUGUAGAAAUGUUUCCUAACUUUGUAGCUGGGCAUCAGUACCUGUUGUGUAUAGAGACCCCUGUAGAACUGUUUCCUCACUUUUUUAGCUGGGCAUCAAUGCCUGUUGUGUAUAGAGAUCCCCUGUAGAAAUGUGUCCUCACUUUGUAGCUGGACAUCAAUGCCUGUCAUGUAUGGAGACCACAGGUUGAACUGUUUCCUCACUUUGUAGCUGGGCAUAAGUGCCGGUUGUGUAUAGAGGCCCAUGUAGAACUGUUUCCUCACUUUGUAGGUGGGCAUCAAUGCCUGUCGUGUAUAGAGAUCCCUGUAGAACUGUUUCCUCACUUUUUUAGCUGGGCAUCAAUGCCUGUUGUGUAUAGAGGCCCCUGUAGAAAUGUUUCCUCACUUUGUAGCUGGGCAUCAAUGCCUGUCGUGUAUAGAGAUCCCCUGUAGAACUGUUUCCUCACUUUUUUAGCUGGGCAUCAAUGCCUGUUGUGUAUAGAGGCCCCUGUAGAAAUGUUUCCUCACUUUGUAGGUGGGCAUCAAUGCCUGUCGUGUAUAGAGACCCCUGUAGAAAUGUUUCCUCACUUUUUUAGCUGGGCAUCAAUGCCUGUUGUGUAUAGAGAUCCCCUGUAGAAAUGUGUCCUCACUUUGUAGCUGGACAUCAAUGCCUGUCAUGUAUGGAGACCACAGGUUGAACUGUUUCCUCACUUUGUAGCUGGGCAUAAGUGCCGGUUGUGUAUAGAGGCCCAUGUAGAACUGUUUCCUCACUUUGUAGCUGGGAAUCAAUGCCUGUCAUGUAUAGAGACCCCUGUAGAACUGUUUCCUCACUUUGUAGCUGGGAAUCAAUGCCUGUCGUGUAUAGAGAUCCCCUGUAGAACUGUUUCCUCACUUUGUAGGUGGGCAUCAAUGCCUGUCAUGUAUAGAGACCCCUGUAGAAAUGUUUCCUCACUUUGUAGCUGGGAAUCAAUGCCUGUCAUGUAUAGAGACCUAUGUAGAACUGUUUCAUCACUUUGUAGGUGGGCAUAAGUGCCGGUUGUGUAUAGAGAUCCCCUGUAGAACUGUUUCCUCACUUUGUAGCUGAGAAUCGAUGCCUGUCCUACAUAGAGACCCCUGUAGAACUGUUUCCUCACAGUGUAGCUGGGUAUCAAUGCCUGUCAUGUAUAGAGACCCAUGUAGAACUGUUUCCUCACUUUGUAGCUGGGAAUCAAUGCCUGUCGUGUAUAGAGACCCAUGUAGAACUUUUUCCUCACUUUGUAGGUGGGAAUCAAUGCCUGUCCUAUAUAGAGACCCCCUGUAGAACUGUUUCCUCACUUUGUAGGUGGGCAUCAAUGCCUGUCGUGUAUAGAGAUCCCCUGUAGAACUGUUUCCUCACUUUGUAGCUGGGAAUCAAUACCUGUCCUAUAUAGAGACCCCCUGUAGAACUGUUACCUCACUUUGUAGGUGGGCAUCAAUGCCUGUCGUGUAUAGAGAUCCCCUGUAGAACUGUUUCCUCACUUUUUUGCUGGGAAUCAAUGCCUGUCCUAUAUAGAGACCCCCUGUAGAAAUGUGUCCUCACUUUUUUGCUGGGAAUCAAUGCCUGUCCUAUAUAGAGACCCCCUGUAGAAAUGUUUCCUCACUUUGAGGCUGAGAAUCAAUGCCUGUCCUACAUAGAGACCCCUGUAGAACUGUUUCCUCACUUUGUAGCUGGACAUCAAUGCCUGUUGUGUAUGGAGACCACGGGUUGAACUGUUUCUUUAUUUUGUAGCUGGGCAUCAAUGCCUGUUGUGUAAAGAGACCCCUGUAGAAAUAAUUUUAAUUUUUUUAAAUUUUUAAUCAAGAAUAUGUCAAAAUAUGUUUCGAAGAUUGGUCGCCUGUUUGAAACUCAUGCCGUAAAGCUUGAUUAAGCUGCCUUCUGAUUGGCUAUUGUCGACCUCUUGCCCGUCAUUCCAUUGGUCUUUCAAAGUUUGUGAAAGGUCCGUCUGAUAUGACCCGUAAUGGGAUGUCCUCAGAUCUUUGUUUAGCGGUAGCGAGAACUAAGAUCUGAUUUUUAUUAGAUUGUAUAUUUCUUCACUUUAUUACUGGUAGUCAGGUAUUGGUAGUGCGUAUGGUGCAAGUAUCGGUAGUGCUUAUGGUGCAAUUAUAGGACACAUCCAAUCAUUUCAAAUAGGAUCCAAAUUAAGACUUGAAAUACAUAGAUAGGUGUAUGAAAUAUAAGGUGUGUCAACUUGCCAAUACAUUCACUUGCCCGUUUACAUAUUCAGUGCACUCCCUGUGUAAGUAUCCUCUAAAAUAGAUUUAUCAGAAAACGCCAUCGACAGAUGACAUUUUAUCACUCUGUUAUAGAUAUGUUGCAUCUCCAAGAUAAAGGCUCCAUUACGUCCUUAUAUUGCAGCACAUGACACAACUGUCUUUUUCUAGUUAAAUGGGAUAUUUUCUAUGUGGAACAGCAUGUACACACACAAAUGUGACACAAACAUUGUUGGGAUACAUGAGUGAAAGAGGGUUCAUGAUAAUGUAAAACUCUAUUUCAGAAUUAAAGAAUUAAUAACAAAAUAUUACUUAAUUUCUGAAAAUACCUUUAAAAUGUCCAAAAUUGAGUAUUUCCAAGUAAAAGAAUGGUCUCACACCUUUGAAUAUUCAACAUGUAAAAAUAGAUUGUCAUGGUAGAAGACUCCAUCUUUUCAGCCCUUGCUAUUUGUAUGUUGCACAAAGACAUUUCCAAGUCUCCCAUGGCGCUCGGGGGACCCAGUCGUCUAAGAUGCCGCGAUUCGUUUUGCAGUGUUGCGUCCCUUGGGCACGCCAGAAAUCUUUGAUUGUGGGUUCAAAUCACAGUUCGCCCCAAUUAUAUUUCUAGGUUUGUCAGCACCAUACCUGUGCUCGUGGGUUGCACAGAAGUGGUAAACACCUGAGACCUGCAUCACUUCGGGCUUUCCUCCAAAAUUAAGCUGACACGCCGUGAUAUAACUGGAAUACUGUUAAAAGCGGCAUUAAACCCAACUCACUCACUCACUUAGAUCUCCCAGGCAAUGUGCUCAAUGUGAGAGGUGUAGCCUAUGAUAUGACUUUGUGUAUUUCACUGACUUGGUGAUGCUCUUCAUAACACUGUUAAAUUAGCAGUCUUGCAUUGUGUAUCAUAUCUUCUUGUUCCAUCACUAACUGUUUCUCACUGGAAGGUGGAGCAUAUGUAGAUAAGCUUUGAAUUCAGUUACCUCCAAGUUGCACUUUGUCUCUGUAGAUAACAAAAGACAACAGUUUUUUUACUAAUACUGGACAUAUGUUGUGUUUAUCUGAUAGAUGCAUCUGUGAUGUUUUCGAUUUUUUUCUAUGGAAAUGUGUUAUCUGUGGAUGUGAUAACGUUUAUGUUCUAGACUGGAAUCUGAUUGUGUGAGUAUAAUGUUUCUCCUAUUUAUGUAUGUAGAAAUUCCAUUGCUAUUGAUUAUGGUAUUGUCUUUUAUUGGAAUUGUUUGUCUGCUUGAUAAAUGCUUAUCUCUUCUCUUAUCUUCUUGGCAGAUCAAUGAGAUGAAAGGAAUAGUUUGUUGAUAUGAUGUGGAUGCUUUGCUUCAUAAUACUAUGUUGGUGAAAGGCUUUGUUUCACCAUGUUUUAUCGUGGACAACACAAUCUUUCCUCUCUGUCGACACAGAUUUAGUGGCAGAUCCGGGGGUGGUUCAUGGGAUUACAGAUGAUUCAGAGGAUGUAAUAUAUCCCUCUUUCAAAUGUUCUUAAUUCCUCUUCAUAUUGUCUGUAGAAAAGGGUACAAAAUCCUUGACAAGAUCACUGUUCAACCAACCGAUUUCAGAAAUGAACGUGAAGUGAGCUCGUGGUGACUUGUUUGUGGCCACCUCAAGUUAAGUGAUGAUAUUUGCUAGUGAACAAUCCCAAUUAGCACCCUUCCGAUUCAUCAAUGUACACAGGACAUAUUUAUUCGUGUAUAAUACGCACUCGCGUGUUAUAUGCACCCUUAAUUACGGGCAAUUAAAUUCUGGAAAAAAUAUAUCUGUCAUGAAAAUAUGCAUCAACCUUUCUUUUGUAUCAUUUCAGGCUGUCGGUUUAAACCACAAAAUUUACGAUCUCUCAACUCUUUCACCAAAAAUAUAUUCUAAUAAGAGCCCCCUAUUUCUCAUUUUGAGAGCGGCCUGGGCGCUUAUUUCAUCAGUACGGUACUUGGAUGUUUGUCUUGUCUAUGUCAGAUAUAUGUUUGAGUUCAAGCGAUAAACGUUGUCUCUUUCAGUGAUGUUUAGAAUGCUAAGAUCUGGGUGAUAUGGUUUUCAUAGUGCUAAGUUCUCAGUGUGAUAUGGUAUUCAUAGUGCUAAGAUCUCUUUGUGGAAGUAGAACAGCAAUUAUGCAUUGUAUAAAACCAAAGAAAAUAUUGCCAGGUCGAAUGUUAGGAUCAUUGAAGACAAUGAAUGUUGAGGCAAGAUCCAAGGUCAUGUAUUAUGUGCAUAUUACAUGUUUUGUGCAGUAGGAGUGACUUCCUAUAUCUAAUAGUGCUUGGUGUUGUAGCUGUUUGAUGUUCUGCAUCUAGUUGUGUAAUGUACAUGAGAGCUGUGUCUGCAUGUAUUAUGUGGAUUCUACAUCUUCAUGUUGAUGCUAUUAUGUGGUGAUAUCACAACAAUAAACACUAUGUGGUAUAUAUUUUGAUAAUGAUGGGUUAUGAAAUUAUCUACCAAUUUUCAAAUAAAUAUGUUGAUAAUGA